AUGUCUGCCAACAGAGAAAACACGCUGCACGAUUUGCGGAUUGAUGUCUCGGCUCUACCGGACAUUACGCAACCCGAGAUGGAUUUCCUCGACUCUUCCUUCUUCCAGACCCGCGAUAGUACCCAAGCAAGGCCCCAACUCCCAACACCAGCAUCUCUAUUUGAGGAAUAUGGAAAUCGUGGGGCCGAUGUCAUUACGAUUGAAGAGCUGAACCUGGCCAUAAAAACAAAUCUUCAAGCUUAUCUAAAUCUCGAGGAAGCGCAAACCUUGUGGGCAAUUCGAAAAGUGUUUCCAAAUGGCGAAGUUCCAGUACCAGAAUUGUUUGGUUGGAGGAAACACGGGGAUCGGGUUUUCAUUUACAUGAGCCUUGUGCCGGGAGAAACACUCCGACAAGCCUGGCAAUCGCUUACUGAGCAUGACAAGGCUUCACUUCAGAACCAACUCAAAGACAUCAUUGGUACACUGAGGACGCUCAAGCAAUCGCCCGAAAUCAUCGGCUCUGUCCGCCGAGGACCACUACAAGACAGUUUCUUUCGGAUAGACGGGGAGAGAGGUCCUUUGUCUAGUAUUAAACAGUUCAACGACUGGCUGUUCGCUAUUGCAACCCGCCAGGAUCCCCAGCCAGGGAAAGAGAUCCAAGGCCUAGACCACCCUGAUAUGUACCGCGACAUACUCCCGGAUCAAGGCAAUGUUUAUUUUAGUCAUGGAGAUCUUACCCUGGGAAAUAUCAUGGUCUCGGGUUCUCCUGGCACUUAUACCAUCACAGGCAUCAUUGAUUGGGAGCAGGCAGGGUGGUAUCCUGACUAUUGGGGGUAUUGUAAGAUUUUGCUGGGAGUUGAGUUGGACCACGAGUGGAGGACUGAGGAAUGGGGAGGAAAGAUCACGGAACCAUUUGAUGACAUCUUCUUUGCAGUCGCGGAGUAUUCUCUGUGGUGUUGCCCUUGA